UAAAAUAUUCAAUCGGUAAGUGAAGGAUAAAUAAUCUUAACCAAAUCCGUAGACCAAAAGGACAAGCGAGGAGAGUGAUUUUAUUUAAACAAUAUAUUUGCAAAAUUAUGUUUGCAAAUGUAACGGUGCCUGAAAUCAGAGUGAGUCUCCAAGAAGAGUUGCCGAUGACUUUGCUUUUAGUGAGCCCCCAUAAAUUAUUUGGAAAGCUGAUAAUUGAAUUAAGAUCCUGUGACAAUUUAGCUAGUUUGAAUGCCGUAAAAAGUAAGUUAAUUGAAGAAGAAGGACGUAGCAACACAUGCACGUCCAAGCCAAAUGAGUCAGCAGCAAUGAACAAGUGUUCAACGGCGUCUUCAUUUGGUGGCAAUUCUGUUGAAUUGAAAGAGCGAGUCUGCAUUUGGAGGCAAUAUUUAAUAAAUGUACAUCAAAAUCUUUACCUCGGUAGCACAAGUAUUAAAAACAAAAAUGCAAUAAAUGGGGAAGAUGAGAAAGAGAGAAAGGGAAGGUCAUUACCACUUCGUUACGAAGGGGCUUAAUGGGACAUUUGUCGAUGCGCUAUAUGUGCCCUGCUUGCAAUGCACUUGUCGGUAGCCUUGGCAAUGGGUCAUGGGUACAUUGUUCGGUUCAUAAAAUGUGGUGGAGUCUUCGACGACAAGCACGGAGGAACAAUUUUAGAUUAGAGAUUGUUUUUCUUUAGUGUCAAUGUAAACAAUAAACUUGUUGCAAGCGCAUAAGUUGACGAACCGAUAAAAUGGCACAAUCGUUACGUACACCUACAUUUUUGUUAUCUAAAGGAACUCUCACAGAAGCAGUUGGUUCGAGAGUUAAUAUUUAUCUGCCAAAAGAUAUUUCUUACGCCAUUUGCAUAGAAAGCAAAUGCCUUCAGAAAACAUUUACCAGUCCAGCAAGCCAAGCAUAUGAUUCAUCCGAGACAUAGUUCAUCAGGACGUAUGUGGGCCUAAAACGUUGAAUGUUGAUACAUAAUACUUGUAUACUUUUAUUGAUGAUAAAUCUACAUACGUUUGCUUUCUGCGACACCUUUGACACAUUCAAAUGGUCUGACUUGACAAACUGGAAGGAAACGGAAAAUCCUCAGAGGGAUCAACA